UUUCAUUCGUUCUCACACACUGCGAGCCUGGUGCAAGCAGUUAAUCAAUUUUACUCAAGUUGCCGUUCUUUGAUCCACGAUCUUUUGCCGACACCCAACAUAUACAAAACUGAACACCGCAAAUAUCAGACUUCAAAAUUCUUGACUUCACACUUUACAACAAUCAUGGAUUCUUCUAUGGGUCCCUUCAGCACCAAUGGCAACGAUAGUUCCGCCAAGUACAUUGUCGACAAGGCCGGCAGUCACGAUGAGGCGGUCAUCAUCGGAGGAGCCAUGAUCGGCUCUGUUUUCUUCGUCGCCAUCGUUGGAGUGGCUUGCAUGUUCUUCAAGGAGCGGUCUCGAAAGAUUAAGGACCAGCAGGCCGCGACCAAAACUGUCAGCGCCUCUGAGUAUGUCUGAUUCAGCAAUGUGGGAAGUCAGGGCAUUGUCUAUCAUAAGGUGAUGGUCCGAACAGGAUGUUGGUGGAGGUAAUUGAAGGUGGAAGUCGAGAGACAUAAGGGUCUGAAUGUCUGAAAAACAACACGCAGCAUUCAUUUCUUAAGCAAGGGAGUCGGGACUAUUUGAAUCUACACUCAUUCAUUUCUAUCUCAAUUUACAAUUUUGGUUGCGGCCCUUCAGUUUACAGGGUGCCU